UAGUUCGUGCCCAAAUGUGUUUCACAUGCGACUAAAAAAAGUUCAAGGACACUCGGCACUAGAAAAACAACGAAUAAUUAAGGAUGUCUGGUGCAGCAAAGGCUGCUAGAUAUGGAACGAAGGCGAGAUUUUCGCAAAAUUCAAUUUUAGUUACAGGAAUGAAGUGGUAUACUAGCAGAUAUUGUGUGCAACGGUAUUUUCAAAAGUUUGGAAGUGUAAAAGGUGUAUUUGUACUAAUGGAUAGGUACAGAGGAGUAGGCACUGGAAAAUGUCUAGUCAAGUUUGAUGAUAGGGAAACAAUAAAUAACGUGUUUGAUGCCAGUCCUCAUAUGAUAGACGAGAAAGAUGUCAGUAUAACAGUUUCAGAUGAACCGAGUAAGCCUUCAUGAAUGAGAAGAAAUGUGCACCAAGCAAGAGAGAAAGUAUACAGGAAACAUAGGUUGAAUUCUCAUUGUGGAGUUAAUUCACAUAGUGGAAAGCAUUUAUUGUUUUAUCACUGGACCAGUAAUAAACUUCCACAAUAAACUAUUUCUUCAAAAGGAUGUUUACUGUUUUAAAUAUGUAUGUUGAUAGUUUUAUAAAUAAUAAAGUUACUGUGAUGA